CAAGCCAACAAGCAAGUGGCACCAAGUUGUCAACAAAGCAACAAAAGGUGAAGCAGGCACAUUCACUUUAAAACUACCACUUUCAGCUUAUAUAGAUAAAUUCGAGCUAUAUUCGAGAGAAGAACUUCCAAUUCAGAACAGCAUUCAGAUAAAAGUACCGAGCAUAGAAGAAGCAAUAAUACAAAGGGUAAUCGAAGACAAGGAUAUUAAUAUAGAUCGUAAUUAUUUACUUGGCAUGAAUUUAGAGAUUCUGGAUUAA